AUGGAAGAAGAAGAAGUCCAAUCGGUGAAAUCGGAAUCCCUCCUCCCUAUCCUAAAUGCUGACAACUACUCGUCAUGGUAUGGUCGCAUGAUGGUUCAUCUUCGAGGAAAGGAUCUCUGGCACGUUUGUUCUAAACCUGUCGCCAGCAACGCAUCCGACACCGCCAUCGCUAAACAUAACAAGGCCAUGUUUGAAGCUCUUGCCAUCAUCAUCCCCAGACUUAGCAUUCACUGCUAUCGAGAAUGCGUCACUUCAGAAACGAUAAACGACUCCCGUCUUCUCUGGGACGCCCUCUCAGAUCAGAAGGCACUCAUCAAUAUUGAUACCGUCGAUAUCACCAUGCCUAAGAAGAUAAGCUCGUAUUUCAUUCUCGGCAAGCUCAUGAAUCAAGACCUAGACCAAGUCGUCGACAAGACCGCCUUCGACGCUGAAGUCAUCGUUCAUCAUCCUCUCGCCCAUUCGAAAUAG